CAAGCCAAAUGUCAAGUGUCAAAUGAGUUGAGGAACGAUUUAGGUUCUAACUUUCAUUUUAUUCUAAAAAACAACGUUUCAGUUAUUGAUAAUGUAAAUAUUUUUCUUUGAAAUUGUGGUUUGUGUGUGCUGCUACACGUUUUCCAGUUCAAAAUGGGCGAUAGCAGCGAUUCUGAGGAAUUUUACGACGCUGAAGAGUUCACACCCAUUAAAGGUUCCAAAAGGUCAUCACUAUGCAAGAAUAUAAGUGUAACAGAGAGUGGAGAUGCUCCAGAGAAGGACAAGACUCCAGCUUUGAAAACUGAGGCUGUUCAGGCAGUACCAGGUCCUCGAAGUACUAACUCUGUAGCUACAGAAACUGCACCCGUUGAAGAUGACCGGACUACAGUAAACAGUUUGGUGCAAGGUCGGCGAAGAUUCCAUGAGUUACGUCUUUGCAUGCAGACUGAGGAGGAGGACGAAGGUGUGCCUGAUGCCACUGGCUCAGUAGAUCAGCAAACUUUCACAUCUGAGCAUCCAUUCAAAAUAAUAGCACACGACACAAUGAGCCUGCAGAGUAUGACGUCACUCGGCAGGAUCGGCAGAAUACUCAGUGGAGCAUCAGAAUCCCACUCGAACAUCCGUGAUACCGCGCCGGUACCAUCGGUGUCAUCGAGGGAGCCCUCCACCAUAUCCGACGAACAACUCACCUCAGAGAAUAGAACUCAGAAUGUGCUAGCGAUGGCAGAGCCGGACGUGAUAGCGAGUACGAAGGCGAACAGUUUGAAACACAACCGCGGCGGCGGCGCCAUCGUCGCCGUCAGCGGCGCCACGGAGCCGCGCGCGCAGCCAGUCGCGCCGCCGCGCAGGAAGAAGCGCAACAAGUUGCAUGGAUCUCAGUCUCUAUCGACAACGGACGGCGACAACUUGAGCGUAUGUACGACGGACACGGAUGAAUAUCGAUACAUCGCGCGACGACCGGACAAACCACAGCUCGAUUCUUUGAUUGUUGAGCCACCUCCUCCCAGUGCUGUGAAUCAGUCAAUGGCGUUGCCCAGCCCCGCCAGUACGAUAGAAUCUCUCACCAGAGAGUUCCAAGAUUCACUCGAACUAUCAAGCUCUAAAUAUGGCAGCUCCCGCGGGUCCCUGAGCCUGCACGAGUCUCGUCCCAGCGAACGAGAUACUCGCACCACGCCACGAGCUCCCACUGAUACUCCGCUCAGAGAUGAAGCCACGGCUCGUUCUGAAGACCGCAACGUACGUACACACAGUGAAGGACGUACGGCGCCGCCCUCCUCCAGACCUGCGGCCGCCAGACGCAGUAACUCGGAGUCACUAGGCGGGUCCCGUCGUCGGUCGGCGGGCGACGAGGCGGCGCUGGGGCUGGCCUCCUCGCUGCGCACGCGCACUGUCUCCGGACAUCAACUCACUGACAUAGAGAUAUUGGAACAAGUCACCGUGCUGAACUUGGAUACUGGCGAGCGCGUCCCGCUGAGCGUGGCGGAGCACAAGCUGCCGCAGUGCAUGAACCCGCUCAGUCUGCACAUCAUGCGCCUCACGUCCGAGUACAUCGGCCGCGCGCACGACGCAGACCUCGCCAGGGAGACGGACGAAGAGAGUGAGAGUGUGUGCGCGGGCGGCGCUGAGGACGAAGCGAAGGAGAUGAAGAGAGAGUCCACUGACAGACAGACUACUGGUAUCAAGAGGAAGACUGAAAAGACCGCAGCGAAACUGGUUAAAAGUCAUUCGCAGGACAAUAUUAACAAGAGACUCAGACACUCAGAUAUGAACAUCAGAUUGAAGCGUUUCUUCGGUAGCACGGUAAAGAAGACAGUGGACGCGGCGAAGUCGCUCGCUCAGGAAGUGUCCCAAGCUCGGCACAAGGAGGACGUGGCGGACAUCGCGGACGACGUGCGCGGGGAACAUAACAUCAAGCUGAAGGCUUCCAACUCACAUAAAGGACCUUACGACUUCGAUGGCUGUGUUCGACAUGUGCAGGAGAUGGGGUCGGGUCACUGCGGCGCCGUGUGGUGCUGCAAGUUCAGCGGCUGCGGCCGCCUGCUGGCCACGGCGGGGCAGGACAAGCUGCUGCGGGUCUGGGUCGCCAGGGACGCCUACCACAUGUUCCAGGACAUGCGCACCAAAUACAACUUAGAACAGAAAUCAUCUCCGACCCCCUCCCAGGAGUCCCUAGCGUCCCUAUCAGGUCGUGCCCCCUCCCCCCCUCCGUCCCCCUCAGCCCCCUUCUGCUCGGCCCCCUUCUGUGUGUACGCAGGUCACUCGUCCGACUUGCUAGACGUGUCGUGGUCUAAGAAUUAUUUCUUAUUGUCGAGUUCCAUGGACAAGACAGUCCGACUAUGGCACAUCUCGCGCGGCGAGUGUCUGUGUUGCUUCCAACAUAUUGAUUUCGUGACGGCCAUCGUGUUCCAUCCGAGAGACGAUCGAUACUUCCUGUCGGGUAGUCUCGAUGGCAAGCUGCGGUUGUGGAAUAUUCCUGAUAAGAAGGUCGCAGUAUGGAACGAAGUAGACGGCAAAACGAAACUAAUAACAGCAGCUAACUUCUGUCAAAAUGGCAAAUUCGCAGUAGUAGGAACUUAUGACGGACGCUGUAUCUUCUACACUACAGACCAACUCAAAUACCACACACAGAUAGACGUGCGGUCCACACGAGGGAAGAAUUCCACAGGAAGAAAGAUCAGUGGCAUUGAACCUAUGCCAAAUGAUGACAAGAUCCUCGUCACGUCUAACGACAGUCGAAUCCGCCUCUAUGACCUACGAGACCUAAACCUAUCGUGCAAAUACAAAGGUUACGUCAACGUCUCAAGUCAAAUCAAAGCUUCGUUCUCCCACGAUGGAAAGUACAUCGUAAGCGGUUCAGAAAACCAGUGCAUCUAUAUUUGGAAAACGUACCACGAUUAUUCAAAAUUCACGUCAGUUCGUCGAGAUCGGAACGAUUUCUGGGAAGGCAUUAAGGCUCAUAAUGCUUUGGUCACUUGUGCUGUGUUCGCACCAAACCCUGAUCAUAUGAUCCGCAUGAUCAGUGAGAGGGAGCAGGAGGCGAAAUUAGCUGAUGAUGGCGCUGAUAACGAGGAAGUGAAGGGCGCAGAAGGUGGUAUGGUAGCAUCUUCCCAGACUGGUCACGUUUUAGUGAGCGCGGACUUCAACGGAUGCAUCAAAGUGUUUGUGCACAAGGCCAAGCCCAAGCACAGCUCGUUACCGGCCUCUGCUCUGGCCUGAGACCUUAGCCAACUAUCGUGGUCACUAUCUGGAUUCUGGACAGAUGAGUAUCGUGCCUUUAAAUAUAUAGCUGGCUAUUUGCGUCUAACAUUGUCAAUGGAAGUUUAGUUGCCUAUUUAUUUUGUAAUCGCAGUUGGCUGUUUUCCGUUUCCAAAUGCAUCUGUUAAAGAACUAAUUUAAACUGUAAAUUAUCCAUCAAAUGUAUUAUUGACAUAUUUGUUAAAAUUCAUAAAAAAAGUGUAAAAUUCUUAGUGAUAUAAACUAAACAGCAGCAAGAUAAAUAAUUUUCGCAAAAAAUCUUACUCAGAUUUAAAUUGUUAACAUUACCAAAGUUACAUCUAUCAUCGUAAGAUAUAUAGUGGAUCAGUGGAACGAUACAUAACAAAGAUAGUCCAUGAAAAUAGUAACUUAUCUAAAGAGAAGUACUCGCAUGAUUGCAGCUCGAUUAUCUCAAAUAAUUCUUAAAAAAUAGAAUAGUAUUUCAAAAAUAGACACUAAAUUCUAGCAAAGUUGUUACAUAGAUUCAACUAAAAAAAAAAUAUAUAAAAUAUAGUGUCAUGUACUGAAUUAAACUGUCAAACACCAAGCGGUCACCGGUGA